AAAAAAAAAUAGAGUAGACUCGCCAGCCAGGCAGCCACCCUCACCCUGGUCUGGUCUCCUCUCCAAGCGGGCAGCGCUCCUCCAAACUGAACCCUAUCCUAGCACGAGUGCACGUCGGUGGCAGCAGGAGAUGGUGGGGACGGCGGAAGGCGGCGCGGAGAGGGCGGUGCGGCGGUGGGUGGACGCCGCCGGCGGGCGCCUGGUCCUGGACGGCGGGCUGGCCACGGAGCUCGAGGCCAACGGCGCCGACCUCAACGACCCGCUCUGGAGCGCCAAGUGCCUCCUCUCCUCCCCGCACCUCAUCCGCAAGGUCCAUAUGGACUACCUAGAAGCUGGGGCGAACAUUAUAAUCACAGCAUCGUAUCAGGCCACUAUCCAAGGGUUUGAAUCAAAGGGCUUUUCAAAAGAACAAAGUGAAAACUUGUUAACAAAGAGUGUUCAGAUUGCACUGGAAGCCCGUGAGAUGUUCUUGAAGGAACAUUUGGAGAAAUCCACUCCUAUACAGCAUCCUAUUCUGGUUGCAGCAGCUCUAGGGAGUUAUGGGGCUUAUCUUGCUGAUGGCUCUGAGUACAGUGGGGAUUAUGGUGAAGCUGGUACGAAAGAGUUCCUGAAGGACUUUCAUCGGCGGAGGCUUCAGGUUCUUGCUGAAGCAGGCCCGGAUUUGAUUGCUUUUGAAACGAUCCCCAACAAAUUGGAAGCUCAGGCAUAUGUUGAACUCCUUGAGGAAUGUAACAUCAAUAUCCCUUCAUGGCUUUCCUUCAACUCAAAAGAUGGAGUGCAUGUUGUGAGUGGUGAUUCGUUAAUUGAAUGCGCUACUAUUGCUGACAAGUGUGCAAAGGUUGGUGCAGUCGGGAUAAAUUGCACACCUCCAAGAUUUAUUCAUGGACUGAUACUCUCCAUUCGAAAGGUCACAGACAAGCCUAUUCUGAUAUAUCCCAACAGUGGUGAAAGAUAUGAUGGUGAAAAAAAGGAGUGGGUGGAAUCCACUGGUGUGUCAGAUGGUGAUUUUGUUUCGUACGUAAAUGAAUGGUGCAAAGAUGGGGCUGCGCUUAUCGGGGGCUGCUGCAGGACAACUCCAAACACUAUCAGGGCCAUACACAGAACUCUUAACCAAGGCUGCCACAAGCAUCAGUUACCUGUAGCAUAGAUCUGUGCUCCACUCCUGAUGCUCUCCUCCCAGCAGUACCUUGAGCUGUAUCCCCGAGAUUCCUUAACCAGCGCGAACCAAUAUACUGUUGCGUGUUCUCCUGCAAAUGAGAUGUUCUGCACCUAUGUUUGUAAUGUUGUAUUUCUGGGUUUUUAAGCUAUCCAACUUGGAGAUACAACCGGUGAGGAAGCAGCAACAAUAGGUAGUUCUACUUCUGAGUGAGGAAAAACAACUUGCGGCUGAGUUAAUGAAGCUUAGUAGCUACCACCGUUGUAUGACAGUUGCUCAGAGAUGUUAUCUUCAUUAAGUGCUUAUAUUACCGCUAGUUCGCUGUGAAAUUUGUUAAACCAUUAUAUGUAAGUUUUGUUUGACAAGACUGCAUCUCCUGAAACUAAGAUCUUAGUUUCCUGCUAUUUCCC